AUGGAGUGGAAAACGAACCAAAUGGAAGAGAAAGAACAACCGUUGAUUGAAAUUCAUGAAGAAUUUGAAUCAACGGCUGGCGGAAAAUGCGAGGGUGGUGUAACUUUUGCUCUCUUUUUCAGUAUCUUCAUUGCUGUUUCUGGUUCUUUCACUUGUGGUUUUGCUGGAGGAUAUUCCUCUCCUGUUCACUUUGCAAUCAUCAAAGACUUGCACCUUUCUACAGCGGAGUAUUCACUCUUUGGAUCACUUUUGACAGCCGGAGGACUGUUAGGUGCAACAGUAUGUGGAAAACUAAGCGAUUUAACUGGUCGUCGUGGAGCUAUGGGGCUUUCAAGUAUACUCUGCCUUGCUGGUUGGCUUUCUAUAGCAUAUUCACAGGAUUCAAUGUCCCUCUAUAUUGGUAGGCUAGCUCUUGGUUUUGCAAAUGGGAUCAUGACUUACACCAUUCCUGUAUACGUUGCAGAAAUAGCACCAAAGAAUAUUCGAGGGGGAUUAGGGCUUCUCCAUCAGUUCCUGAUGUGCUGUGGAAUAGCAGCGGCUUUCCUUGUUGGGCUUAUAACUAGCUGGCGCAGCUUAGCUUUGAUGGGUACUAUUCCGUGCAUGAUACAAAUUUUGGGAAUAUUCUUCAUUCCAGAGUCUCCUAGGUGGCUGGUGACGGCCAGUUCUGUAGAUGAUUUUGAAGCAGCUUUGAAACGUCUUAGGGGACAACACACUGAUAUAUCUGAAGAAGCAGCUGAUAUCAAAGAAUAUACUGAAGCUGUUGAAAAUAUCUCAGAAAAAUUCUUGGAUGUGUUCCAGAUGAAAUAUGCUUAUCCACUCACUGUAACCCUUGGACUCAUGGCCCUAGGAGGAUUUGGGGGGACACAGAGGAUUUUGUAUUACGCAUCUGCUAUCUUUGAAUCGGCUGGAGUUCCAGGAAAUAUUGGAACUAUAGCUAUGGGACUUAUCCAGCUGCCACCAUUUGCGCUGUGUGUAAUUUUUAUGGAUAAAUAUGGAAGACGGCCACUGUUGCUGUUUUCUGCAGCAGGGAUGGGCGUAGCCUGCUUCUUGGUGGCAUUAUCUUUCUUGCUUAAGGUACAUGGUUUGAUGAUGGAUACCGGCCCCUAUCUUGCCCUUGUCGGAAUAUUGAUUUUUUCUGCGUCUUUUCCAAUAGGAAUGGGAGGGAUACCAUGUGUUAUAAUGUCAGAGGUAUUCCCUAUAAACAUAAAAGGGGCAGCCGGAACCUUAGCAACUGUAGUCAGCAGCACAAGUUCCUGGAUCGUUACCUACACAUUCAUUUUUAUGAUGCAAUGGAGCUCUUCGGGCACGUUCUUGGUGUUUACAAGUGUUAAUGCAAUCUCUGUGAUAUUUAUCGCAAAGCUGGUCCCAGGGACAAAGGGCCGAACAUUAGAGGAAAUACAAGAGCUAAUAAUUUAUAAGGGGCCGGUUAUGGACGUAGCCUGUAAUACAAAACCAUUGUUGUAGCAAAAGUUCGUCAAAUGUGGUUGUGUUUAGGUAUGCAGUAGCUUAUACCUUCAUCAAUCUUGUAAAUUUGAAAAUUUCAGUUGUGUAUCAUGCAUGUACAAGUUGCAGCUAUAUAUAAGACUAGCGAUGUUGAUGUUGUCAAAGCGUGCACAAAUUAAUAAACUUAA